CUCGUCCCUGCUAAAUCCGGUGCCGCUGCUAAAGAGAGGGCCCGCGCCAGCCGAGACCUGACCUCCGGUCUUUAUGAGGUGACGGUACGGUAUCCGCCGAAGGGCGGUCUAUUCAAUGAUAAGGUCUCUGGGCACGACGUCCUUUUCCAGGCCAUUCCCGAUGCCGAUAGGGAGUACCUACGUCGGCAGAGCAAGGAUGUGCGUCUCUUCGAUGGAGGACUGGACUACGUCGUCCAGGGAGCCUUUAUGCUGAUGGAGCAGCAGCGGCGGCAGGAUGAGGAGCUUGCUCGCCUUCGG